UAUACCCUCCCAUGAUGCUUUGCUACAGAAAACCCUACAGAUUUUGCAGGGGUUCAACCAGCUACUCCCUGUUUUGAAUAAGCUGAGAAGCCCCACACUGAAAGAGAAGCACUGGAGAAACAUCUCAAAGGGAGUUGGUCUGCUGUAUGACCGUGAAUGCGAAGUAACGCUGGCUGAUCUCAUGUCCAAAGAGCUACAGAGGCAUCAAAGUAAAAUCAACAAGAUCUGCCUAGAUGCCAAAGCUGAGGCAGACAUGGAACAGACAUUCAGAGCACUUCAGAGACACUGGAAAGGGGCAGAAUUCCAUCAUACCAGGUUCAUUAUUACUGUCCAGCAACAGCAGAGCCCACAACAAUCCAGUCAAAAUGUACCAAAGCAUCACAUUCGUGAUGGUGGAACCUUCACCAUUAUUGGUUUAGAGAUGCUUUUGGCUAAGACUAAGGAAAGUGUUCUGACCUUUUCUGAUAUGCUGCGUUCUCAACAUGUUGCUGAGUUUCAGAAAGAUGUUGAACACUGGCUGCUGCUUUUACAAGAGCAAGGUGAAUUGCUUGAUAUAUUUGAGCGAUAUCAGCAGAAAUGGAUCUUUUUAAGCAGAACAUUCAAUGAAAUACGCUUCCGGAAGUCUGAGUUGCAAGAGAAGUUUCACCCAGUGGAUAAGGUAUUUCGUGAAAUCAUUGAGAUCACAGUUAAUGACCCACAUGUGUCCAGUUUUGUUCAACUGAGUGAAUCAACAGAGGCCAGUGACAGUUUACAAGGACAGAGUCUAUGUGCUGCCUUUAUGAAUGGACUCACAACAAUGGAGGAGAUUUCCAGUCAUUUACUCUAUGUCUUAGAGUCACCACGAAGCCAGUUCCCUAGACUCUACUAUCUCAGUGAUGGAGAGGUGAUAAAACUUCUCUCUUUACAGCUCCCAGCACCUUCCUCCCUUUUACCUAUGGUGCAGAAAUGCUUCAAGGGAGUGAAACAGCUUGAUGUUCAAGUUGAAGAUGAUGUUUGCAGUGAAAAUUAUUUAUCAGCUCUAAGUAAUGAACAAAUGUGGGUACAUGGUGUACAUGGAGAAUUUGGUGAACAUGUUCCCUUCGUCUGUCCUCUUGAGUCAAACCUCUGUCCUGUGGCUUGGCUUAAUCUCUUUGAGCAAAAAUUGUAUCAAGCAGUGAAACAGACAUUUCUGAAAUGCUUAGCUGUCCAUCAAAAUUCAAUGCUUGAAAAGCUUCCUGGCACCCCAGACCUGAUUGGGAAUAGCAAGGGGAACAGUUCAGAAGUAACUCAUGAAUCUCCUUCAUUGUUGAAACUCAUAUCUCAGUUUCCUUUGCAAUGUCUUUUGGUGGCAGAGGAAGUUUUGUGGUGCAGUAUGGUCCAGAAGUCAUCACAUUGUACUACCACUGGCAUGUGGAUGAGAAUCAAGUCCCAAAGUGCAGCAAAACUGCACUAUUUGUGCCAGCUUAUAAAAGAACACGCUGCAAAUUCAAAUGAAAAACCAUCCCAACGCACUUUGACAGCUUUGCGUGCCUUGGUUAUGAUGAUCAUGAAGCACUCUGGCCAAACCGAUGGGCUUGUUGAAGUAAAAGGAGAUUUGGAGUCCUCUUUUGAAUGGCACAAGCUUAUGAAAUAUUACAUUAUCCCAAAUGCUGAUGCAACGACUUCUGAUUUACUUCCAUCUCAAGAGGAUCAGACUGUCUGUGUUGACAUUCUGAGCACACAAUUGCCAUAUGGCUAUGAAUACAUUGGACCUAAGAAUUGGACGAUGGUGACUACCCCUUCAACUGAGCAAGCUUACAUGGGCAUAAUUCUUGCCUUAUCAAGCUUCAAGUGUGCUUUCAUCAGUGGACCCCACAUGUCAGGCAAACAGCAUGCCGCUGUGCAAUUGGGUUAUGCACUGGGACGACAAGUGGUCAUCUUGAAGUGUUGUUUAAGUACUGGUUCCUCAGUUGUUUCCCAAAUGCUUCUAGGUGCUUUUCAAACUGGAGCUUGGCUUGUGCUUGAUUCCGUGGAGUUGUUGGGACAAGGGACAUUGUCUGAGCUGGGACAACAUUUGACCGAAAUUCAUCAACAUUUAUCAGCAGUUCAAAGACAAGCACAAAAGGAAGGACAUGAGUUGUCCUCCACAGAUGGAAAGUGUAGCAGUGGAGAAUUCAUCAAAAAGUACAACAGUACAGUGAAUGAGGUGGAAUGUCACAUUGCUGGAAAAAAUAUUUGGGCCAAGCUAACUUAUGGAUGUAUCACAAUCUCAGAUAAUGGCUACUCAACUGAGAUACCAGAAAUUUUGAGAGCUGCAAUGAGGCCUGUUGCAAUGAUGCAGCCACACUACAGAAUCAUUGCAGAAGCGAUGUUGGUGUCAUUCGGAUUCUCUGAAGCAGCUACAAUAAGUCGCCGCCUGGACUCUCUCUUUAGCCUUGCUAAGGAUUCACAUUGCCUCCCUGAUUUUGUCAGUGGAUAUCAGACCUCUUGGCUUGUCCUUCUCAAAAAUGUGAUUGUUGCCUCUGGAACACAUUUACAUCUAUCUCGUCAUUUGGAAGAAACUGAUAAGGGUACAUUUUCUAGUCAGAAUGAAACAGGAUCUGCAAAUACAAACCUUGAAACAAUGCCAGAGAAGGUCAAGUUUGUUAAUCAGUCUAAUGCAAUUAAGAAUGCGAAGUUAGAGGAGCAAGCAGCAAUCAAAGGAGUUCUGUCAGUCAUGCGGUAUACUGUCUCGGAUCCAAAGAGAGCAUCACAGUUUCAUAUAUUAUUUGAGGAAAUCUUUCCAAAAGUGAGGUACUUUCCAAGUCUACAACAGUUCAUUGAUCAAGAGGAACAAAGUAUGCUUAGAAAUGUAGUGGAAGACGAGUCACAACAACAAGGAUUUUAUCCAGACACGCAAAUGCUUCAAAAUGUGUUGAUCUUGCAUCAAGCUCUGAAGCUCUCCAAUGUUGUAGUGCUCGUUGGACCAGCAGGUAGUGGCAAAACAAUUUUGUAUCAAGCCCUUGUGAGUGCACUUAAAAAACUUUCCAGGGAUCUGGAGGUUGAAUCAGCUUGUCAUCCUAAUGGAGAUCUUAAAGACAUCUAUCGUCAUUUGUCUAUGUCAUGUUGGGGCUCUGUUAGCACCGAGGUCAUAUUCCCCAAUACCUUGUCCCACAAACAGUUUUUUGGUGGUUAUUUUGGCAUAGGCAACUCCUGGUCUGAUGGAGCUUUCACUAAAGCAUUAAGACACUCAGAGCAGCCAUUGCCCAUCGACCCUUUCAAAAGAAAGAAAACUGUGCAAAUGCAGCAAGUGAAAUGGAUUGUGCUGGAUGGUGAUCCAUUUGGCAGACCUGCUUGGAUGGACUCUUUGAUUACUCUUUGCGAUCUUGAACAUCCUCAUCUUUACCUUUCAUCAGGAGAGAAAAUUGAGCCAUCAAGACUGAAAAUACUAGCUGAGGUCACAAACCUUGGUGAUUCAACCCCCUCUGUAGUGACACACUGUAGUCUGGUAUAUGUUUCUGGAGAGAACAUGUGGAGAUCUGUGUGGAAGUGUCAGAUGGAUGUGCUCUCUAGGGAGCAUAAUGUGGACCAAGUUACUCUGGAAAUGUGGAGUCACCUUGCUAAAGACCUUUUCCCUGACACACUAGUGUUUCUCAAAAACAAAGCACUUUCUUCAGUGCUGGCCAGUGAUGGACGUGAAGGCAGACAUUCAUCUAGGAUUACAGAUGGUUUGCAGGAAAUAAUGUCCUUUAUUAAGAUUCUUCAUGCACUUUUGGUGCAUUCUGGGAAAGCAGAAGACUUGAAAUACACUUCAAGAAAAACUGAAACAACAGAUAAUGCACAAGUUCUCCAGCCACCGUGCAGUGAUCCCAUGGCUCCCUCUUCUCAAUGGGGGUUACAAGCAAGAAACCUCUUUAUUGUAGCUUACAUUUGGGGAUUUGGAGGACAUUUGCACCCUAGACACUGGCCACAUUUUGAUCUUUUUGCGCGGGAGGCCCUGUAUAAGAGCCAUUGUGAAGUUGAGACUCCACCAGAAGGCACAGUAUUUGAGCAUUUCUUUGAAUUCAGUGAGGAAAUGAGAGACACAACCAAUUUCAUCAACCGCAGUAGGCGUAAGAGUCCACAGGUCUUCUUCACAUCUGUGCCUCAGUACGAAAUACAUGCAUAUCUACUGGACAUGCUGCUGGAUGUUCAACAGCCAGCACUUCUUGUGGGAGAGUCUGGCUCUGGCAAAACAAUGCUGUGCAAGUCUUUAAUAUCACAAGCAAGACCACACAUCCAUUUACCUGCCAGUCCAGGCCUUCACCGUUCUGACUUGUGCAAGGCACUCAAGAAAGUUAGAUACCAGGACACUCAACUAAACAACAUGAAGCCAGACCUACUUCUGUUCAUUGAUGACCUUCAUGAAGCACCAUUUGAUGCUUAUGGAAAAACAUCAAUGACUCUAGAGACAUUGCGUCAAUGUAUUUCUAGAGGUGAAGUGUUGACAUCGGAUGGCUCUCACUUCAAGCUGUUUCAAUCAAGAGCCAUUAAUUAUCUAGGCACUUGCAGUGCUCCUAACGCAGACAACAGCAGUCGGAUGUCUCUCCGGCUCUCUCGACUCUUCACCACGUUGUCUCUCCCAAGCAUGACUUCUGAAAUCCUUUUUUCUAUUCAUUUCUCGAAAUUGCAACCAUGGUUGAAAGAAAUACAACCCAUGCAGAGAGUUGUGGAUAUAGCAAACUGCAUCAUAACCUCAAUUCUGGAGGUGUAUUUUUCAGUGCGUGAAUGUUUUACUGCUGCUUCACACAGUCCAAACUUCAUCUUUUCUUUGCAUGAUAUUCACAAAGUGUUUCAAGGGAUGUACCUCUGGAGGCCAAGGCUUGGUGUCCAGCAGGCUCUUCAGAGUAGUCUGGGUUUUAGGAGUUUCUCUUCACCUGAGAAAAAAGUCUUUUUUCCAUCUGCUCUUGGUCAUGUAGCUCUUGAUCUCAACAUUGCCCGUCUGUGGAUGCAUGAGUGUUUGCGCACUUUUGGUGAUCGCCUAUCUUCAGAGGAGGCAUGCCGAAAAUUAAUCUCAAUUUUAGCUGAAGUUUCUGAGAAGAAUUUUGGCACUAGAUUGUCAGCUGAAUCCCAGACACCUUCAGCAGAUACAUCAAGCCCUACAGAUCAAUCAUCUGUAUCAAGCACACAUAAUGUAAACCAGCAACUGGAUUCAACCCCUUCCCAGUUGGAAGAGAAUGUGUCUCCUUUGCUUGGAAUGGCAGAAGUUCAGCCAGAAAGAGAAGAGAGCUAUGUUGUAGAGAGCAACUCCAGCUUGUAUAGUCCAGGAAUUGAUGAAGAUGGAUCCUCAUACAUGAAGGAUGAAGUAGAAGAUGAUGGAAAUGUUGAGAGUGAACCAGUAACAUCAGAGUGUAAAUCUGAAUCUGCAACUGAAUCCUCAAGUUGUUCAUUUCAAAUGAUGUUUUCCUCUCAUUCUCAUUCUGGUGAAAACAGAUAUGAAUACAUAAACCAAAAACCAGCUGCACACAAAGAGUUUCUGCAGCUUCUACAGGAAACAACUUCUUUCUUCCAGAAUGUUGUCUUUAGUCCAGAACUUUGUGAGGCGCUGAACAACAUUCUUCAGCAUCAUGAUUUUAAACGCAACUGUGUGUAUCAGGAAAGAGAUGUAGAUAUGUUGAUGGACCAACUGGUUCAUACCAUUAAAAGCAGAGAAGAAAAAAAAAAGCAAAAGUCUGAUGACACUUAUUAUAGUCCUACAUGGGCUGUGCAUCACCAGAAUAUACAUCAGCUUGUGCAUGUCAUCCGAGCUUUUCUCAUUCCUGGUGGACACGGGGUUCUGUUUGGAGCAACAAAGAAAACAGGCAGAAAGACCACUGUACGUCUAGCAGCUGCUCUGACGGGAUACCAACUAAUUGAGGUUCAUCAUGGAAAUGAGACCAAGUUGUGGGAAAUGAUGAAAGAGAUUUGGAGCGGAACUGCAGUGGAUGUUGGACAUUUGGUUCUACUGGUUCAUGAGGACACCAGCCAGGCUGUUAAGGAUGAACUGCUGGUAAUGAUGGCGAAUGGAACCAUCCCUGGACUGUAUUCAGAUGAGGAACUGAAGAAUGUGAAGCUAAGGAUGAAAACAUGGAUGAAAAGGAUGAAAAAUACACAGUGCCAUUUGAAGGAUGACCAAGCUCUUGAAAUGUAGGGUAUAAGUAUCAGUUUCAUUUCAUAUCGUUUACUUGAGAUACUGAUGUUGUUUCAAUUUAUUGUUUAAUUAAGCUUAUUAAUUUGUGUUCAUCGUUUUGUAUCUGAUUAUUGAAAUGUUUUUGCAUUUUCAUACUUGAAUUUCUUGGGAUUUUUGCAGCAGAUCAUGUCACUAAAAGUAAGGAUGCACCAAUAUUAAAAUUCAGGAAGAUACUGAUAAAUUAAUAAUUAUUUUAAUGUUAUGGCUGAUAACCAGUAAAUGACUGAUAUUAAAGUUACUAUUAUAUGCUGUUUUGUCUAAAUAAAUUACAAAAAUAAAUAAAAACACUAAAACCAACCAUUUUAAAUGCUACAGGUGAAUUUAUG